AUGAACCCACGCGCGUCAACGGUGGGAAAACCGAGCGGCGUAAGGGCUGCGUCUCAGACGUCUCCGUACACGGCCGCGAGUGCGCCGGUCCAGCAGAACAAGAACUCCGUGUUGGACAAGUUCAAGCUGUUCAACAACAAGGAGAAGAGCCAGGACCGCGGGAAAGCGUCGUCCGGCGUGUCGAAACGCACGUCCAGCUCGUCCGGCUUCUCCUCGGCGAGGUCGGAGCACUCGGACAGCUCGACGUCGCUGUGCGACCAGAGCAAGCUGCAGGUGGAGUCGCCGAAGAGCCGGGCGUUGAAGUCGAAGCUUCAGUCGGCCAAGCCGGCGAAACAGGCGAGCCCGAAGACGGCGAGGAAGGAGCAGAGCAAGGCUCAGAGCAAAAUAGCGCGUACGAAGGGUAGCGGCGGUGACAAGUUGCUCGGCUACAAUCCGCCACAACUGGAUGAUGUCAAGCCGACCAGUAAAAUCGGCGGCGUCGGCGCCAAACUGUCGGCCAUGGACAAGAAGCCCGCGAUUCUGCACGAUCUGCUGAAGCAGCAACCGGCCAGCAGCCAGUUGCAGAAGCCGAUUGCCAAUACCUCCGCGUUGGUGCCAUCGAAGCAGAUCGCCGCGCCGGACGCGAAGAACAUCGCCAGCUUGAAGAACGUCGAGUCGUCGAGGCAAUCGCCGCGACCCAAGAUGGAACUGCCAUCGGCCAAAAUAGCCGACCCGGCGAAAGUCGCUCUGCAGAACGCGAAAGUCCCGCCGAACGGGUUGAACAAGGACGUUCUGGCGCAGAAGGGGUUGCUGGCGAACGCGAACGGGAUGAUCAAGCAGACCGGCCACGAGGAGAUCGUCGUGGUAAACGAGAACGGCUGCAGGAUCGAUCGCACGUUGUCGAUGAAUCAGGCGAACCUGUGCGAGCAAAGGUCGACGCAGAGAGAGAUCGGCGAGAACGAAAGAGAGACGGUGGAGAACGAAAGUCCCUCGAAGCAGCAGAACAACACGAGCUUGCCGGUGAAAACCAGAGCCGCGAGCGAGGUGCACGAGACCGAGCGAACGAACGGGAAGCAAACGCCGCCGGUUUCCCCUCGCAACAGCCCGGAUACGUCGACGACGGACGUGAAAAUGGCGAGCAUUCAGGAGAAUCAUUCUCAGACGGCGCAACCUGCUCACGGCCAGGUUCCGAACCUGGUGAAUUUCGGCAAUAAGCAGCAGCCCUCGCUUCUCAACAGCCCGUUGCAGGGCUCGACUUUGAGCGGCGUUGGCAGCCCAGGGGGCUCGAGCAUUCCAAAGCCCACGGCGUUGGUGAAAGGCACGUCGAAACCGCCGAAGGAAAACAGCAUGCCGGGCGUGCCGACGCCCACGAAAUUAAAAGCGGACGCUCUGCAUCGCAAGCUCGACCCGAACACGGUGGCGAUGGUGUCGCCGAUGCCGAGCAUCUCCGACCUCAUGUCCGAGAGCUCCCACAGCAACUCCAACAGCACCGGCCAGAGCAACUCCAGCGACAGCAGCGUCAUUUACAGGCCCAGCAGCGAGAGCGGCAGCGAGAUCAAGACCAUACCCAAUAGGAAAAUUGACACGACCUUCGAACAAAUGGAGAAGGUACUGUCGGAGAGUUCAACCUGCGGGGGCGGUUCGAUGGGCGACGACGAAGCGGAGAUGACAGUGAAGCCUAUGCAACCUCUGCUCCGCGGUUACACGCCGGGCGCGAGGGCCCUGCAAACACUGCCAAGCAGAACGACCGCGCGACAGUACACGAUUCUUCAUUCCUCGUCUCAUCAUCAUGUCGGUCACGAUUACGCGGACAUCGACGUCGCCUCCGGUUAUCUAAGCGACGGGGAGGUUCUCCGCGGUGGCAUGACCGUCGGUAGUAGAACUCUGUCCGACCUGUGCGACGGUUACAUGUCCGAGGGCGGUGCCUCGUUGUACGCGCGUAGAAUCAAUCCUUCUUACGGCCACGAUCACGAGAGAUACGUGGGUGGUUCGAGGCGAGAGUUGUCAGGGGUGAAGGAACUGGUGACCUCGAGGAGGGUGCAGAAGAGACCCUCGGCAAACGUUGUAAGGUCGGAUGGAGGUUGCAUCGGGGGCAGUCCAGGAAGCGGCGGCGUCAUCGCUGGCGGCUUGCUAGGCGGUUGCAGCGGUGGCAGCGACGCCUUAGCCGAGUUAACCAUCGAGGACCUGGCAUCAAUUCCCGCCGGAAAUCACACCUCCGCCAAUCACACAGGCCAUUCCUCUCAUCACAAGAGGGUGCCGGGUGGUGGAGGCGUGAUCGUGGGGGGUGGCAGUAAUUCGGCCACCCCCCAAAGCGCGCAGCAGGGCAGUAACCUGGUAUACCGUGUGGUGAGCUCGAGACAUCCUGGCGGCGGUCAUCACCCGCACGUGAAGAAGUCGGACAGCUCUCAACAAACGGAGAACUCGGCGUUCAAACAUCAGCAGCAGCAGCAGCAGCAGCAGCAGCCAGGCUUGAACAGCAGCUCGGCGAACAGCAGCUCAAACAGCCAACAAUGGAAGAAAUAUAUCGAGGCUGGGGCUGCGAGGGAUCGGGAGAGAGACAAGGAGGGCGCACCUCCGAGUCCUAAUCCCUCCAGGCGAUCUCAGGACAAACAUCGGAAACAGGCCAUGGCUGAGUAUGCGAACGGCGAAAAACCGCAGAAAGUUUCAUCGGGAACGUCGACGAGCGGCAGCAGCAAAGUCAGAGGUGUGCCACAGAGUUUCGGAUACGUUAAGAGACACAGCGCCGGCACCAGCCCCAGCCCGAAUGGAGUUCAAAAUGGUGGCAAAGAUUCCGCGAGGACUGCUCAAGUCAGCGCGGUUCCAAGAACAAAGGUCAAAGUGUCCGGUGGAACGCAGACGUGUACCACCGAGCUUCAAGCCAACUCCUCCACGUCGAAUCAGGGACAUCAUUACAAGAGCUACAGCCUCACGGGUCCCAGUGCCAGCCAACUUUCUCAAUCGGUACGAGAUCGUCUUAUGCUCGGCUCGCAAAGUUUACCAAAGCCUGGUAGCCCGGAAUUCACCGCGCUGUUCGCGUCUGCUCACCAUCGCGACAGAGGAUCCGGCACGGGACCAACGACCACGUCCUUCUCGCCGCGGGUGCUCAAACCAUCGGACGGAAGUCUCAGCGAUACGUGCAGCAAUUACGCGGCUCCUGAUCUCCAAGGAUAUUAUACUCCCAACAGCCCGUACACCACGUCCUGGAUGAGGCACAGCAACACGUACACGCCGAGCGGACGUUCUCAAGGAAUGGGACUGUGCGAAGCCGACAGCGUGGAGUCGUUGGGAUCGCAUCGGGCGAGUUUAACGCACGCUCGUUUGUUGAUACAUCAGCGAGACUCCACGGGAUCUCCAGCGCCGCCGAGGCUCAACAGAAGCAACUCCAUCAGCCAUCUGCGGGACAGGACAUUCCCAAGAUCCACGAAAAGCGAAAAAAUGUAUCCGUCAAUGUUAGCUAGAGGAAGCGGGGCCUCGUCUUCCGUCGGCGAGGAAGUCGGAGUCGGGAUCGGAAUGGGCGUAGGCGUUGAACCGUAUUACAGUGUUCCCGUAGGAUCUGCCGGGUGCGCGGGACAACACUGGUCGCAGCCGACGUCCCCGACACCCACGCACACAUCUCGACAACCGCCCAAUCUUUACCAGCACGUGCAUAAGGACGACGAUAUCCAUGGUUCUUCUGUAUCUUUGGUAUCGACAGCAAGCAGUCUAUACAGUUCAGCCGAGGAGAAACAGGCGCACGAGCUGAGAAAGCUACGACGAGAACUGGUGGACGCUCAGGAGAAGGUUCACUCGUUGACCAGCCAGCUGUCGACAAAUCGAAAUCUGAUGCGAAAAUUAGGUAAAAUAGACAUCUACGCGUCCAGAAUCGUAAAGUCGUUGUUAGGACUCACGCGUUUGCAGCAUUAA